AUGGCAAAAGUAAUUAUUAAAUCAACCGCUGAGAAAGGUCGUGGCCUGUACGCCACUGAACUUAUCCCUGCCGGAACGACCAUAUUUGAAGAGAAGCCUCUCGUAUCGUGCCAAUACUCGUGGAACGCUGCGUACGGUUAUUUAGCGUGUGAGUACUGUCUCCGUCCACUGGAAACGGCCGAACGAAACGUACAGCGGCUGACAAAUGAUCCGAAUGUAAUGUUACCACGGGCAGAAUGUUGUCCAGUGGAGGCAAAUCUCGUCAAUCAUACCAAGUGCUCCCAGUGUGGAGUUUUGUACUGCAGCAACGAAUGUCUCGGCGAGGCUCAAACUCGAUACCAUGCGGCAAUUUGCUUGGGAGCUGAGGUGCACAACGAACAGCAUCCGGUAAAUGUUUUGGUGGACUUUUGGAAGAAGAUGCACUAUCCACCGGAAACGUGUGGCAUCAUGUUGUUCGUGAAGAUUGUUGGGCUAUUUCGGCAGACCGAAGAUCUACAAGCACUUCAAGCGCAGCUGCAAGAUUUCGUGCACAAAUCGGUGAACGAAGAUCUUCUCAUAUUUCAUAAAAUGCUUGGCGAAAAGUUUACAAUGCAAAUCGAUCAGUUAUAUCAACUGUUUCGCAACGCUUUCAACCUAGAUGCGGAUGAACGGCUUAGCUGCUGGCUAACUCGCGAUGGUUUCAAAAGCCUUAUUGCGCUGGUGGGAACGAACGGGCAAGGUAUAGGUACAAGCUCAUUCGGCGAUUGGGUAAAGAACGUUGGGAUCUGCCAGAUGGAUGAUAAAGAGCGUCAGGCAGUAGAUGAACUGAUCGAUGAUUUAUACAGCAAAAUGGAUGACGUCGUCGGUACGUUCCUCAACAAUGAAGGUUCAGCACUGUACACUAUGCAGAGCAAAAUUAAUCACAGCUGUGCACCGAACGCCGAAACUGUGUUUCCCAACUCAAACCACAUACUGGCGUUGAGGGCGACGAAAGAUAUACAGCCCGGAGAAGAAAUUUGCAUUUCCUACCUUGACGAGUGUAACGCCCAGCGUUCCCGACAUACCCGGCAGAAGGUUCUGAAAGAGUAUUAUAUUUUCGUCUGCCAGUGCGAAAAAUGCGAAAGUCAAAUCACUGAUCCGGACGAAACAUCCGAGGACGAGGAAGAUGACGAGGAUGAUAUGGAUGAUUCUGACUAA